AUGGAUCUCUGGCAGCUGCUGUUGACCUUGGCACUGGCAGGAUCAAGUGAUGCUUUUUCUGGACGUGAAACCACAGCAGCUGUCCUUAGCAGAGUAUCCCAGAGUCUGCUAAGUGUUAAUCCAGGCCUAAAGACAAAUUCUUCUAAGGAGCCUAAAUUCACGAAGUGCCGUUCACCUGAGCUAGAGACUUUUUCAUGCCGCUGGACAGACGCAGUUCAUCAUGGUUUAAAGAGUCCAGGACCCAUACAGCUGUUCUAUACUAGGAGGAACACUCAAGAAGGGACUCAAGAAUGGAAAGAAUGUCCUGAUUAUGUUUCUGCUGGGGAAAACAGCUGUUAUUUUAAUUCAUCGUUUACCUCCAUCUGGAUACCUUACUGUAUCAAGCUAACUAGCAAUGGUGGUACAGUGGAUGAAAAGUGUUUCUCUGUUGACCAAAUAGUGCAACCAGAUCCACCCAUUGCCCUCAACUGGACUUUACUGAACAUCAGUUUAACUGGGGUUCAUGCAGACAUCCAAGUGAGAUGGGAAGCACCAUCCAAUGCAGAUAUUCAGAAAGGAUGGAUGGUUCUAGAGUAUGAACUUCAAUACAAAGAAGUAAAUGAAACUCAGUGGAAAAUGAUGGACCCUAUAUUGUCAACAUCAGUUCCACUGUACUCAUUGAGAGUGGAUAAGGAAUAUGAAGUGCGUGUGAGAUCCAGACAACGAAAAUCUGAAAAUUAUGGCGAGUUCAGCGAGGUGCUGUACGUAAAACUUCCUCAGAUGAGCCAGUUUACAUGUGAAGAAGAUUUCUACUAUCCAUGGCUCUUAAUUAUUAUCUUUGGAAUAUCUGGGCUAACAGUGAUGCUAUUUGUAUUUUUAUUUUCUAAACAGCAAAGGAUUAAAAUGCUGAUUCUGCCCCCAGUUCCAGUUCCAAAGAUUAAAGGAAUUGAUCCAGAUCUCCUCAAGGAAGGAAAAUUAGAGGAGGUGAACACAAUCUUAGCCAUUCAUGAUAGCUAUAAACCUGAAUUCCACAGUGAUGACUCUUGGGUUGAAUUUAUUGAGCUAGAUAUUGAGGACCCAGAUGAAAAGACUGAGGGAUUAGACACAGACAGACUUCUAAGCAGUGACCAUGAGAAAUCACGUAGUAACCUAGGGGUGAAGGACGGCGACUCUGGACGUACCAGCUGUUAUGAACCUGACAUGCUGGAGACUGAUUUCAAUGCCAAUGACAUAAAUGAUGGUACCUCAGAGGUUGUUCAGCCACAGAGGUUAAAAGGGGAAGCAGAUCUCUUGUGCCUUGACCAGAAGAAUCAAAAUAACUCACCUUAUCAUGAUGCUUGCCCUGCUAUUCAUCAGCCCAGUGUUAUCCAAGCAGAGAAAAACAAACCGCAACCACUUCUUACUGAUGGGGCCGAGUCAACUCAUCAAGCUGCCCAUAUUCAGCUAAGCAAUCCAAGUUCACUGGCAAACAUUGACUUUUAUGCCCAGGUGAGCGACAUUACACCAGCAGGGAGUGUGGUCCUUUCACCGGGCCAAAAGAAUAAGGCAGGGAUGUCCCAGUGGGACAUGCAUCCAGAAGUGGUCUCACUCUGCCAAGCAAACUUCAUUAUGGACAAUGCCUACUUCUGCGAGGCAGAUGCCAAAAAGUGCAUCCCUGUGACUCCUCACAUCAAGGUUGAAUCACACACAGAGCCAAGCUUUAACCAAGAGGACAUUUAUAUCACCACAGAGAGCCUUACCACUACUGCCAGGAGGCCUGGGACAGCAGAACACGUUCCAGGUUCUGAGAUGCCUGUCCCAGAUUAUACCUCCAUUCAUAUAGUACAGUCCCCACAGGGCCUCAUACUCAAUGCGACUGCCUUGCCCUUGCCUGACAAAGAGUUUCUCUCAUCGUGUGGCUAUGUGGCACAGACCAACU